AGUUGCGAAUUCGCCUUCGCUUUCGCUGUCGCCGUCGCCGUUGACGUUGAAGUUGCCGUUGGGGCUGUGAACUAUGACCGUUACCGCAUUUGCCGCCGCCAUGCACAGACCCUUCUUCAAUGGAUAUACAGCAAUGCAAGACAUGAACAGCGGCCAAGGACGACUGAAUCAGCUAGGUGGAGUAUUCAUCAACGGACGCCCAUUGCCCAAUAACAUACGCCUAAAGAUUGUGGAGAUGGCCGCCGAUGGCAUCAGACCAUGUGUAAUUUCCCGACAAUUGCGUGUCUCCCACGGCUGUGUGUCCAAAAUACUGAAUCGCUAUCAGGAGACGGGCUCGAUACGGCCGGGAGUGAUUGGUGGGUCCAAGCCGCGCAUUGCCACGCCAGAUAUUGAGAAUCGCAUUGAGGAGUACAGGCGCAGCAAUCCGAGCAUCUUCUCGUGGGAGAUACGCGACAAGCUCAUCCGCGAGGGCAUCUGUGAUCGCAGCAUGGUGCCGUCGGUGUCAGCUAUAUCGCGCCUGCUGCGCGGCCGUGACGCUACCUCCGAUAACGAUGUAACCAAGCCGUCGUCCAGCUCAUGCAGCUCCGAUCCAUCCGGAUCGAAUUCCGGACAUGGCCAUAACAAACCCUCUGACGAGGACAUCUCGGACUGUGAAAGCGAACCAGGAAUCGCACUGAAGCGUAAGCAACGUCGCUGUCGCACCACAUUCUCGGCCUCCCAGCUGGAGGAGCUGGAACGUGCCUUUGAGCGCACCCAAUAUCCGGACAUCUUCACACGCGAGGAGCUGGCUCAGCGCACCAAUCUCACCGAAGCACGCAUCCAGGUGUGGUUCAGCAAUCGACGAGCUCGUCUCCGCAAGCAGCACACUUCCGUUGCCGGCAGCAGCGUCCCAGCGCCAACCGCGAUCAGCGGCAACAGUGUGACCAGCUCUCAUCUGACGCCACUUUCGAUGAUGGCCAUGCCGCCGAGCAUGGAUCCAGCUACCGCUGCUGCCUAUCAGCAUCAGUAUGACUUCUACAGCAAUCCCGCUCCAGUCAGUUCCGUUGCCAGCAAUCUGUCCCCCUUGAACUCGGCCAACACGCCGCCGCCGCAUCAUCAUCAGUUCUAUAGUCCCGCCGCCGCAGCCAGCACUGCCAGCUACAUCAUGCCCAGCUCGGCUACCAACUCCAAUUCCAACUCCAAUUCCCACUCCAAUCCCAUUGCCCAUGGUCAUGGCAAUUUGGCAACCGAACUGUCCCAUCACUAUGAGACGCAAUUGGGCUCCGUGUACAGCACUGAAUCUGAGCCGCAUCAGACAAUGCCACGUAACGAGAGUCCCAAUGAGUCCAUCUCCUCGGGCUUUGGCCAGCUGCCGCCCACACCCAACAGCCUGUCAGCAGUGGUGGGUGCUAACGAGCCGGCGCAAUCCUUGGCCAAUGCCAGUGCCGACAGCGAGGAGCUAUCGGCCGCCCUCAAGGUGGAGGCAGCUGUCGCCGCACAGCCCCAGAUCUACAGCAGCUGGAGCUCCAACAUGCAGAGCAUGCGUCCCAAUGCACCGCUCUCGCCGGAGGAUUCCCUUAACUCUACCAGCUCCACGAGCAAUGCUCUGGAGCUGUCAGUCUCUGCCUCGGCAGCUCACCAGAUGUUCCAUCCGUAUCAACAUUCAGCUGGACAAUAUGCGCCUUAUCCCACGGCAACGACGCACUCGCACUCCCACCAUCCUCAUCAUCCACAUGCACAUCCCCAUGCGCAUCAUCCGCAAUAUGCGACGCCACAUUAUCCCCCCACAUCCUCGACGCACUUCAUGCCACAGAACUUCAAUGCCGCCGCCGCAGCAGCUGCCUUUUCAUCGCCCUCCAAGAUGAACUACACAACGAUGCCGCCACAGCCGUUCUACCACUCCUGGUACUAGGAUCAGGAGCCGGUGCAAGAGCCCAGCAGACCUCUGACCUUUUGAUUGACGUCGCCAAAGAUUCAUGUACACUAUACUAGCCCUAAGUGGUUCCCAUCUAUAUACUAUAAUCGUAAGAGCAUUUAACUAUACCAAUACUACCUUGAUGAGUAUCUGACUAUAGUCUAUAUGUGUAGUUCUAAGAUCUAUAUUUUAAGUUGAAAAUAAAUAUUCUAAUUUAUACAAUA